AUGUCGGUCUCAUCAUCAUCGCCCGUCGCUGCUUCAUCCCCGCCCAUCGUCUCGUCUCCCACGACAAGGAAACACCAACAGAACUGUACCGAGUGCAAAAGGCUAAAGCGUGCCUGCAACAAAGGUCUUCCUUGCGACAAGUGCCUCAAAGCAGAUCGAACCUGCGAAUAUAGAGACCCUUCCGACGAUGGCAUCCUUGGGCCGAUAUCCGCCGCUAAGGACAUUCAUUCGCUCACUUUUGGCACCCUCCUCGACGUUCUGGUCAACAAGCCGAGGGUAAAAGAGGCGGUCUCAAUGUACUUCAAUGGCGUCAACUCCUGGUUCACCAUCGUGGAGCGGGCCACAUUCGAUAGGGACCUAGAAGCCAACUGGGGAUCCCUCAAGGCCGAAACUAGCGUUCUGGCUCUUUGCAUGGCUCUUGUCACCUACCCUCCCAACCAAAGGACCAGCAAAGGAAUGGGAGACACCGCCUAUCCUUCUACCAAGGCCAUCAUGACUUUGAUCCGGAGCAAGAACCCGCCCUCGCUUCAGCUCCUCCAAGCCGAACUUCUCGUGGCGUUGUACGAGUUCUCGCAUUCAAUGCCACACCAAGCUUGCUUGUCCCUCGGGACGUGCCUCCAGAUGACCAAGACCUUUGGUUGGCAUAAGCCAGACUUUUGGUCCCCGGAGCGCCAAAUAUCUAAGCCGGCUGAGUUGAAACUCUGCUCUAUCUUGUGGUGGGCAAUUGUCUACCUUGACUGUCUCCUUAAUAUUGCCGACCAGGAUCAAACAUACACGAUGUACACUCCCGGCCUUCCAUGGAACGUCAUUAUCCCCCUCCCAGAGAAUUUCGACACUCCAUUCGGCCAUGACGGCGAAGUACAGGGAUUCCGGGACCGUCACAAUGACCACAUCGAAGGCAUGGUGUUUCCCGAAGCGACCGCGGCUUGUUAUCUCAGAGACGUCUUGCAGCACCUAUCAAACCCCGGAAUACCAAACGCUAUCGACUCGAAGCUUAUCAUAGGGCAUGCCAAGGACCUCUGGUCCGCAAAAUGGCAAGCCGGUGACCGCAGCGCAGCGGUUGGGGCCGAUUUCCUUGCCUUGAUGAAACUCAACUAUCCCGGACUAAUGGGCAUGCAUGACCCCAUGGAAUUCCUGAUGCCAAAUCCGAGCCAUACUCAAGCUGUCAGCAAUACUCGCACGGUCAUCGAAGUCAUCCACGGAAAAGCUGGCAAACUCCUUCAGGCCGAUAAUCACCCGAACAAGAGCUCUAUCGAUCCAUGCUGGGCGCUCGCCAUGUGCCAGGCUGCGUUACUUCUUGUCUGGCACGGAGACGAUGUGUUUGGCGAUUCCAGCUGGCGUCAAAAAGUUACUACUCUCAAGAUGGCACUUGAUAAAGUCUCUCGGACAUGGAAGGUUGCAGAACAUUUUAGCACGAGGGUCCAAAUCGCCGUCGACCAUCGUCACACCGGACAUAACGCCAAACCAUGA